AUGAAAGUUCUUUCCGAAGGUGCUGAUGGAACGUAAGCCAUGACUUUCCAUCUAUUAUUAGAAGUAUGUAUAGCUGCUAAUUAGAUUGUAGGUUCCGGUGGGUGUCGUGCCAGAUGGAUUAUCUGUGCGAAUGCUCCAACGACCGAGAACGCCGUGAAGCUCUAACUAAACUUCCACCUGAUCUUCCAAGCUCAUAUGAGCGGGUUCUGGAGCGGGUAAAUAGGAGCAGUAAACAAAACCAGGUCCUCGUGCUAAGGACGCUGAACAGGAUUGUAUACGCAAAUGAACCUCUUACUACUACCCAGCUGUUACAGGCACUUGCAGUAAAUAAGGGGGAAAGAUCUUUCGAUUCCAGUGCAAUGACAACCGAGGAAGAGCUUUUAAACUGGUGCAGCAGCUUGGUUCGAAGAAACAGACUAUCCUCAAGAUUGGAACUGGCCCAUUUCACCGUGAAGGAGUUCCUACUUGCCAUCAAUCCGGACGAAACCCCUGAUCUAUCGGAAUAUCGACUAUCCAAUGGCCAUACUAUACUAGCAGAAGUGAGUAUCGGCUUUUUGAGAUGCGAGCUUUUUGACACACUACAUAUUUCAUCAGUCGAUCCUAUUAUAUGGGCCUCAAUGGAGAAUGUCACUGUUGACUCCUGUGUGCCAUGGGUCGAAUUCGAGAAGAUGUUCCCAUUUUUCCUACAUGCUGCCCAUUAUUGGCAUCUGUACGUUUUGAGGUCCACAUCUCGUGAAAUUGAAGAGAGUGCUUUGGAGUUGUUUAUAUCAGAGAAACCCCAGUUUCGCUUAUGGACGCUCCUAUCAUAUACAAGACUAAGCCACAGAUAUGCGUCAAACAUAGGUAGUACCGAGGUGUCCCCAGAUUAUGUCUCGGAUAAAGCAUCGCCUUUACACUGGGCUGCAUCUCUUGGGUUAUCUCAUAUUUGCCAAAACCUUAUUCUAGAUUUUGCAGAUGUCAACCAAGAUCCUGGGUGCGGGACGCCAUUGUUUCAUGCGCUUUUGGGAAUUCCUGAAGCAGUGACGGCCAGGAGUUCAUUAAUGAGGCAUCAUCGCAGCUCAUGUCUGCAAGACUUUGAUGCAUCCCCCAAGAUCGAAACCGCUGAGUUACUUCUUGAGGCUGGUGCCGUGAAGACGCAGCUUGAAUUUGAAGAUGGCCCAGUAUCGGUCUUAGUAGUUGCGCUGUACCUUUAUAAUCCAAUACGUGGAUCACCAUCGCCAGUCAAAAUCUUGUUAGAUUGGGGCUAUACUUUCUCUUUAGAGGACAUUUCUUAUAUCAUGGACGUAGGCCGCGACAUGUCUUCCCUGGCCUUGGCCGUUACAGAACAUAUUGGCUCCCACCUAGGAUACUAUAUACAACCAGAGGCCCAUCUUAAAUAUUUCCAAUUAUUAUUGCACGUUCUGGCUUCAAAGGAGCCAGACGAAAUGAUAGAGGAGGAACAGUUGACGCAGAUCUUCGAAACAAACUUCGAGGAAAUAUUUCCUGGCUUCGACGGCCAGCGACUAAACCGCACUCUACGCGAAGGUCCGGAAAGCAAUGAGGUAAAACUAUUCAGAGUACUAUGUGCAGUCAUACGGAUGCUUGAAGAGAAUCCACAGACUUCAAAAAAGAUAAUUCAAAAAUCUCUUACUUCCGUCAUUGUGGCACGGAAUUUAACAGGCUUUUGUACAAUCCUGGAAUCGAACGAGUAUCUAGACGUAGCCUUUGUGCUAAAGCCGCGAAGGGGAGUAACUUUCCUACGCAUGAUGUCGUGGUAUUAUAGCCAAGGCGAUCAAUUAUCAUUCGCUCACAGGAGCCUUUGCAAGCGCGUAUUCGACAUAUUAAUAGCUCGUAAAGCUAACGUUACCUUGGCUGACAAUCAAGGCAUUCCCCCUUUGGACGUAGUCAUUGAACAUGUCGGGAUCGAGACUUUUGAGCUGUUCUGGAGAUGUCACAGUAUCAUUGAUUAUCUCCAAUCCUUAGACCGAGAAAACUUUAUGGACAGGGUGUCAGAUCUUAUGCGCUUCGCGAUUCUGGCAGGAAAUACCAAAGUGGCAGAUUUCUUUUCUUGGACAGUUUUUAGCAGGGAAUCCCGUUUCGAGCAGCAGCAAGUCGUUGAGAUGCCUAGAAAAAAGGAACAGAUUUGGGAGUAUAUAUCUCAGAGAGACACUACAACAUACGAAAAACCCUCCUCUCAAGAUGCAAUUGGGAACACCCCACUACACCAUUUUUUGGGACCACAUUCAGAUACAUCACUGCUUCAUUUGAAAAUCUUUCUGCAAGUCUAUGAGGAAGGAAAACUCUUUCAAUGUCAAGAAUAACGGAAACUUGACACCACUUGCUAUUGCAGUACAAUGCAAAAAUAUUUUCGCCAUGCAACUGCUUCUCGAAGCAGGAGCAGACCCGAACAUUACAGUAGCGAGCGAGCAAACUGCUCUUCAUAUCGCAUGUCAACUCGGAGACCAGGAAGUGUCUUAUCUGUUGAUAGACUAUGGAUCUGACGUAUCUCAAAAAGACUCCGAGGGGCUGACGCCAGCGGAAGUCGCCCUGAAAUAUGGUUAUCCCGACUUGGCUACCACUAUUCACCAAAGAUCUCUGAGCUCAUAUGAACCCAGGAGACAUUGGGUAAGGGACGUCAUGGCAGAAUAUUAUCGCAAAAUCAAGUCAGAAGCAAUGUAG